AUGACUUGUCAAAAGACGACGCAUCGUAAUAACAAUAACACUUCUCCCGCCUUAAAGCAAACUAAUACAACAAAUACCCUUUGUACUUCAUCAACAUCAAGCAUUUCAGCCUCGCAACAAGAUACGUGUUGUCAUGCUUCAAUCUUGGAGAAUAAUGACUCCCUAGUCUUACAACAAAAUACACAGCCAACUUUAAACAUUCCAGCCUCACGAAAUAAUAUAACAAAAACUCUUUGUGCUACUCCAGCCUCACGAAAUAAUACAACAAACACUCUUCUUAAUACUAAUCAAUCAAUACUAGAGACUGUCAAAAAUCUCAAAGGGAGAGUGCAUGGCCUUUGGGCACCAGAUUUCACCAAAAUAAUCGACGAUAAUAAGAGUAACGUGCCUAUUCAUAGCAUAACUAGAAAUACGCCUAUGGAACCUAUCGAUUAUCCUCACAAAGCUACCGACGGUUAUGACCGUUCGCUUGAUUAUAGUACUGAAGAAGAACAUAUGUAUAGUGAAUCUUCAACAACCAAUGAAGACGUUCUACAAUAUGAUGAUGUUCUACGAUACGACGAUGCUUCACGAAGCGAUGACAAUUAUGAAGACAUUCCACAAUAUUUUAUCGAUGAUGAAGAUGUAUAA